AUGGCUCAUCAUCAUCACCAUCAUCACCACGACGACUCUGGAGUUGGUGAACGCAACAAAGAGCACUUCAAUAACAUGGACGUAGACGCCUUCACCCAAAGUGCCGUCUUCAAAAGGGUUGCCGAACAAAUCACCCAAGAACUGCAACAAAGCUUUCCCUGGAUGGGCAUCAACACCGACACCACAGAAGAGAACCCUAUCCGCAUGUUAGACUAUGCCUGCGGAAACGGUAUAGUCUCUAGAGCCCUUGCUACGCACUUCCCCGUCAUCCGCGGGAUAGAUAUCUCGUCCAACAUGGUUGAGGCAUACAACGCCGAAGCCACAAAGGCCGGCUUCCCUUGCGAAAGGAUGCACGCCAUCGAAGGGGAUGUUCUCGCUGGCAAGCCCUUCCCGAACGCCGACUUUGAUCUCAUCGUCAUGAGUCUGGCGCUACACCAUGUCCAAGAUCCAGCGACCCUGACUCAGCGCCUGUCCAACCUUCUACGCCCUGGUGGCGUCCUCAUUAUUCUAGACUGGGUCGACAGAAAGGAGAGCGGCUGCGCUGCACAUUCAUCCAAGUUUGAUCACAUUGUGACGCGCCACGGCUUCACUGAAACCGAGUUACAGAGCUAUUAUUCGGCCGCUGGCCUAGACGGAUGGAAAUGGCGUCUCUUUAACGAAAUGUGUGAGUUACCAGCAGACAUGUCUGGUCCUCAGCAGGCAUUCAUGGCGCGCGGGACAAAACCCACGCCCCAAUAA